AUGUGCCUUGCUAAUGAUAUGAAAAUUAAUCAUUUUGAUGUUUUGCUAGAUAAAGAAACAAAUAAAGCAUAUAUUGGUGGAGAAAUAUUAAAGGGUGUAAUCGAAAUAGGAGUAUCGGAAAAAGUAAAAGUGGCCAGAUUAAUUAUCAGACUUAAUGGAUGUAUACAAACAAGGUGGAAGAAUAAAAUUAGUGAUAUUAUGUAUGAAAGUAAUGAACAAAUACUCAAUGAUUUUAUUGAUUUAACUCGGCUGCUCGUUGAACAUUGUGAUGAAAAUUACGAUUUAAUGAAUGGCCUUCACAGAAUUCGCUUUCAAAUUCCAUUGCCUUUGGAUCUAAUCUCAUCAAUAGAAAAAGAAAAUUAUGGAUGGGUUCGAUAUACUUGCUCAGCGACAAUUGAUGUUCUCGAUGUUGAAGCCAAGGAAUUAUGCGCUGAGCGAAAUUUCACAGUACAUUCAUUGCUAAAUUUGGAUGCUCCAUAUAUGAGAGAAUCAACUAGCAACAAAGAAGAAUCGGAAAUUUAUAGUUGUUGUUUCAAAAAGAGUAUAGGAAUGCGAUCAGCAGAAAUGGUUGUUGCAGAUAUGGGCUUAUUACCUGGUGAAACAGCUCAUAUAACUUUAACUCUUGAAAAUACUAGUAAACGAAAAUUACGAAGGAAACACCAAAAUAUACCGAAUAAUUGCUGUUUAAUAUCUUUAUGCCAACAACUUGAUUUUUUGGCACAAAAUCGCUACGAACUUCAUAUGUUCGAUCGAAAAUCACUUACAAUUGUUGUAGAAUCAAUAGUGACUUGUGAAACUUCAGGUGAAGGAUUCCAAACUAAGCAUAUCGAUUUUCCUGUGCCGGCAGAUCUCCAACCGACAUCGAUUAAAGAUAAUGGACUUAUCACAAUUAGUUAUUUUUUUAAAUUGGACAUUGAUGAUUUUGACGUAAUCGUUCCUAUAAUUAUAGGAUCGUUUAAAACUCCUGGGCCUAUAUAA